AUGGGUGGAAAGCAGUUGGUUAUGGUAUUUGUGGCGGCCGCUAUGGUAUUGGAGGGCGAAGCCGAGGGAGUCGACAUCUGCGAGAAAGCAGACGACGUGCCGCUGUGCCGGUCGUACGUGAAAGGGUCGAGCGAUCCGAGACCGGCGAUUAAGAAAACGAUCGAACAACUGUUGUCGGAAACAAAACGGGCGAAAACAUCGAGCGAGAAGAUGGGGGAACCGGGUUUCAUAGGGGUGUGCACAGAGAACUACGACUCAGCCAUUGAUGACCUGCAGAGUAGCCUACUGAGUUUGGAGAAAAACGACAAGGCGAGUCUUCAAUCGAGCCUCAGUGGGGUUUCGACCUUCUACGUCACGUGUACCGAUACGGUGUCGGAAGGCGGGGUGCGCAUCAUGAAGAUUGCUAAAAAGCUUGUCAAAAAAGAUUCUAAGCUGCAGCGUUUGGCUGGGACUUCCUUGUACUUGGCUUCUUUGUUGAAGUGA